CUCAGCUUCUUCCAUCGGCGGAAAGUGGUAGGCAUCAACCUUCUGCACAGAUUUCCUAUUUGAAUCUCUAUAAAUUUUCUCCCCUUUGAUGCUCUAGCAUAAACCCUAGCUCCAAAUCUACUUAGAUACUAAGUUUUAUCUUCAAUCUUUGGAAUCUUGAGGUUGCAUUCCACCUGUUUGAUGAAAUGACUUCGAGUGUAAGAGGAAACCAGUACAUCAAAGAAAUCUUAAAACAUGGUAAAAAAGCUAAAUUUCUGAGCUUCUUUCCCAAACCCUCCCAAUUUGUCCCACAACAACAGCAAAUGUGUCUCCCAGAGGUUCAAUUAGCGAAGCCCUUUUCGACACAACCGUCCAAAUUCCCUGAAUAUGAAAUGCCUACGGUCACUUGGGGCGUGAUUCAAGGCUGUAAAGAGAAACUCGUGUCGCGGGUUAUAGUUUGUGAUUAUUUGAAGAGUGUAGGCAUAGUCCCCGAUGAGUUGGAGGAUUUGGAGCUACCCUCUACAGUGGAAGUAAUGCGCGAGCGUGUAGAGUUCUUGCAGAAAAUAGGCUUAACGAUUGAUGAUAUGAAUGAGUAUCCCCUCAUGUUGGGUUGUAGUGUGAGGAAAAACAUGAUUCCCGUGUUAGCGUAUUUGGAAAAGAUUGGGAUUUCAAAGCCAAAACUGGGCGAAUUUGUGAAAAGUUAUCCACAGUGUCUCAAUGCUAGCGUUGUGGUUGAUCUUGUUCCGGUCAUUAAGUUUCUGAGAGGCCUUGAUGUUGAGAAGCAAGAUAUUGGGUAUGUCUUGACAAAGUAUCCAGAGCUUUUGGGGUUCAAGCUUGAGGGGACAAUGAGCACAUCCGUGGCGUACUUAUUUAGUAUAGGGGUCAACCCAAGAGAUAUAGGACCCAUGGUUACACAAUACCCUUAUUUUUUGGGGAUGAGAGUUGGGACAACGAUUAAGCCACUUGUUGAUUAUUUGGUCUCACUUGGUCUGCCCAAGAAAAUCUUGGCCAGGAUGCUGGAAAAGCGGCCAUAUUUACUCGGAUACGAUCUUCAAAACACUGUGAAACCUAAUGUGGAGUGUUUGACAAGUUUCGGCAUAAAGCCAGAAGCUCUCCCUUCUGUCAUAGCACAGUACCCGCAGAUCCUCGGCUUGCCUUUGAAGGCAAAACUAUCUUCACAACAGUACUUCUUCAACCUAAAGCUGAAGAUUGACCCCGACGGGUUUGCUUGUGUGAUCCAAAGGAUGCCACAAAUUGUUAGUCUCAACCAACGCCAGAUAAUGAAACCUGUUGAGUUUCUUCUGGGACGCGGGUUUUCAACUUCUGACGUUGCAAAAAUGGUGGUGAAAUGCCCUCAGUUGGUUUCCCAGCAAGUGGGACUAAUGAAAAACAGCUUCUACUUUUUCAAGAGUGAAAUGGCUAGGCCUAUGAAAGAGCUUGUUGAGUUUCCAGACUACUUUACGUACAGUUUGGAGUCCAGGAUAAAACCAAGACACCAGAGGUUACACAGCAAGGGAAUCAAAUGCUCGCUGGCUUGGUUUCUCAACUGCAGUGACCAAAGAUUUGAAGAGAGGUUGUACGGUGAUUCUAUUGAGGCCGAAAGUGUGGGUCCAUCUUUUGUUAUGGGUGGGAAGUUGGAAUUACCGGGAACCGGAGGUGUAGUAGAAGAAGAAGAUGAUGAAGGGGACAGUGAUGAUGAGGUACUUUAUAGGCGAACAGUCUCUUUGUAGUUAACCUCUUCUGCAUACUCUGUUUUGAUUAUGGAGUUGUUGAGAAUAUUUGUAAUGCAAUGCUAUUAAUGUGAAAUUUAUUAAUCGUUGCAAACGUCUUAGAGUUGCAACCACAAGUUUCGACAAAUUUUCCAUUAAAACCAAACGUGUUUUACACAAAAAGGGUACCAUUAUCGUGUAUGCAACAUGUUGUUUUCAUCUUGCUGUCUUUUACUAUAGAGUCCUUACAUUACACUAAGCCAAUGUGAUUGCGAACCGACAAAGACUACGAUCAAAAUUUGUUGUGGUCUAAAGUCUACAAACAAAGCUAGUGAUCGACU